AUGGCACCCAGCGCCAUGAUCACGCCGCCACCGAGCCGUUCCGGGGCCUCUCCUGACAAUGCUUACUUCGAACACGCCGCUCAGAAUGGCGACAAGCUGAAGGAGUACGCCGAUGGCCACUGGAUCCGGCUCCCGGAGGCGCUCUUUUCCUCCAUCAUGUCGGUGGAACCCGCGGUCAACCCUUUGCACAGCACCUCGAAAGCCCUGUCGGAUGAGUGGCUACGAAAUGCUCUGCGCAUGGACGACAAGACAGCCAGCAUCUGGAGCAAGCUGGACAUCGCAUACAUGAGCGCCAUUUGCGCGCCGAAUGCAGACGUAGAGACGCUGAAGUUGAUGAACGACUGGAAUGGCUGGGUCUUUGCUUUUGACGACCCUUUCGACGAGGGGAACUUUGCGAACAACCCCAUCAAGGCCGCCGAGGAGGUCAUUCACACGCUCUCGAUGCUGGACGGUGUCCACCCCGUCGUGACGCCGGACGAGAACCCGCUGAGGCACACGCUCCAGUCGUGCUGGAUGCGCUUCCGGGAGCGCGCGCCCCCGGGCUUGCAGUACCGGUGGAAGCGUCACUUGACGUUGUACUGCAUUGGCGUGCUGCAGCAGGUCGCCGUCCAACACAGAGCCUCACGGCCGACUGUUGAAGAUUACAUGGACAUGCGUGCGGGAUGUGUAGGAGCGUAUCCCUGCAUUGGCCUCAUGCAGCAAAAUGACCUCUGCUCCUAUCGGAAAGACCUGAUCAAGGGCGAGGACAGCAAUGUAAUCUUCAUCCUCAAAGACCAGGGCAUGACGGAUCAGGAGGCGGUCGACCAUAUCGGAGAGAUGCUGUACGAGUGCUACCGGAGAUGGUAUGAGGCGCUGCGCAGCCUGCCCUUCUGGGGCGAGAAGAUCGAUCGGGAUGUUGUCAAAUUCAUCAACGGCUGCCGAAAUAUCGCCCUAGGCAAUCUACACUGGAGCAUUCACGAAGGGAAAGGCGGCACUACGGCUGUCUCUAAUGUCCAUUAUCGGGAGUUCUCCAUUCUCUUCCAGGACUCCAAGUUCGGCACUGUCUUGUUCAGGUCCUUCCUGGAGAACGCUGCCCCUAAGUGCAGGGCGAAGCUCUUCCAGGCUCUCAAGGAGCAAGAGGCCCACAUCCCGGGCAUGUCCCAAGCCCCCUGGAGACCCGAAGACCAUCACAUCCCAGGAUGGACAUGUGUCGACACACAAGGUGCCCGUCGCUAG